CUGGAGGUCAGUGCAGUGCUGUGGCGUCUGCUGGUGUCAGCUGUGACAACUUUUCCGUUCACUGGUUUAACUCUCGCCUUAAGAAGUAACAACAGCACGAUGUCAGGCCUGGUGCGCAGACUGGGGAAGGUUGGAAUUGACACCUCAGCCCUGUUCCUGUGUGACAUGCAGGAGAAGUUCGCACCCAACAUCAGGUACUUCCCACAGAUCGUACAUGUGGCUUCAAGGCUGCUCAAGGCAGCUCAGAUCCUGGAGAUGCCUGUAGUAGUGACGGAGCAGUACCCAAAGGGUCUGGGCCCAACAGUGCCAGAACUGGGGGACAUCAGUGGAGCCAAGAAGGUGGCAAAGACGUGCUUCACUAUGUGUGUUCCUGACGUCAUGGAACACGUCAGGCAGUCUGCAGGGGUGAAGUCUGUCAUCCUGUGUGGCAUCGAGACACAGGCCUGCAUACAGAGAACUGCACUGGAUCUGCUGGAGCAAGACUUUGAUGUGCAUGUCAUUGCAGACGCGGUGUCUUCUCGCUCCAUGGUGGACCGCAUGUACGCCAUCGAGCGCCUGCGACAGAGCGGAGCAUUCAUCACCACCAGUGAAGGUAUGAUAUUGCAGUUGCUUGGAGAUGCUGCUCAUCCAAAGUUCAGGGAGGUCCAGAAGGUCAUCAUGGAGUCUGCGCCGGACACUGGUCUUCUCAGCAACAAGUUAUAAUAGGCCUGCUCACAAAUUGGAGAUGUGCAGGUCAAAGCCCUUGACAUAAACAUGUCUGGACAUUAAUAUGUAGUUA